UGCACGACCAGUUCCACGUUUAUUUCUUAUCCCGGUCUCGAGUUUCACACACUGAGAUUGGUUAUAAUUCGUCACCGAUAUUCCGUAGAAGAAAAUAUCUCUGAGGGAAUAAAACCUGCUGCCUGACAGAGAGAAAACAGUAUAAUCAUGAAGAUAGCGAUUCUCUUCUUCGCGGCCAUUUUAGGGACGGUAGUAUCGGCACCGCAGGGCAGCCCGAACGAAGUAACCAUCGUACAACAAGAAGAACAUAACAACAUCGGAGUCGGCGGUUACAAAUACAGUUACGAGCUGAGCGAUGGCCAGAAAAAGGAAGAGACCGCUGAAUUGGUGAACGAGGGAACCGACGAGGAGAGUUUGGCGGUAAAGGGCAGUUUCACUUUCGUUGGUCCCGAUGGGCAAACCUACGUGGUAACCUAUACAGCCGACAAGGACGGCUUUCGGCCUGUUGUCCAGCAUUUACCCAAGUAAAUGAUACGCAGUCUUGUCCGAUUCGAAUUUAAUAUGAUCAGCGAAAGAGCAUAAAUUAACGCUUUAUAAAUCUACCGAAACUUCUGCUCAUAUUAUACUACGACAGCGUGUUCUUUAUUUAAUUGUAAGCUUAUACGGUACAUUCGGAGAAUGCUGUGCAAGUCAUGUUACAGAGUAUUGCGUACGAAUAAAUAGUGCAUACUUUUUGUGAAACCCGAGUGCCUCAGUUUUUGGAUGCCUUCCAUUUACCCAAAUAUCAAGUUACACAAACUUCUUUAGUGGACGUAACAAGGAUAUGAUAUUAAAAUGCGAAGACAGAAAUUUGUACAUACGGUAUUUUUUUCAAAUAUCUGCGUAAGCUCUUGGUUUUGAAGAUGGGUUUCGAAAUAUAUUCUGAAAAUACAAUCAA